CUCUCUCUCUCUCUCUCAUGGUUGUUGAUCUGUAUUCAUUAUUGAAGGUUGGAAAAAAGUUGUCAUUUCGGACGUUAGCUGUAACGCCAAUUGUUUCUAGCGAUCUUCUCACUGCAACACCCGGAGACAUAAAAAACAAGAUGAAGGCGAUGAAGAUGAUGAUGGAUGGUGGAAAUCGAAGCGUGGUAGUAAGAUUAAUCGAACAUCCACCGAUUUUAAGUUCGUGUUCGGCGGCAGUGUGGAGGAACGACUGCUCCACCAUGUUCCUGGGCAAGAAAGGCACCAAUCAAGACGCCAUGAUCGUUUGGGAGAAAUUCAACUCAAAUAGUGAUGCAGUCUUCUGUGGAGUAUUUGAUGGACAUGGGCCUUAUGGUCAUAUGGUUGCUAAGAAAGUUCGUGACUCACUUCCUGUUCUCUUAUCCACUCAAUGGAUGGAUACCAAUACAAAUACCACUAACACCAAUCAAAUUUCUGAUAAUGAGAACAUGAAUACCAAUGAAAGCAUACCUGAAGAGGAACUAUUUGAAGAAUAUUGGUGUGAACAAUCAGAUGUUGAAGAAAAAGAAACAAUCCCAGAAAAGUAUUUGCCCCUUAAAAAGUCUAUACUCAAAUCUUUCAAGUUAAUUGACAAAGAACUCAAGAACCAUCCAUCUAUUGACUGUUUCUGCAGUGGAGCAACUGCUGUUACUAUGAUCAAGCAGGGUCAAGAUCUUGUAAUUGGAAAUGUCGGUGACUCAAGAGCAGUGUUAGCAACUAGAGAUGAACACAAUUCAUUAGUUCCAAUCCAGUUGACCGUUGACUUGAAACCUAAUCUCCCAAGAGAAGCAGCUAGGAUCCAGCAGUUUAAAGGAAGGGUGUUUGCAUUGCAAGAUGAGCCAGAUGUUUCACGCGUAUGGCUACCAAAUAGUGACUCACCCGGUUUAGCAAUGGCUAGAGCCUUCGGGGAUUUCUGUUUAAAAGACUUCGGUUUAAUUUCAGUCCCUGACAUUUUUUAUCAUCGGAUUACUGAAAGAGACGAGUUUGUGAUCCUUGCAACUGAUGGUGUAUGGGAUGUGUUAUCGAAUAAGGAAGCGGUAGAGAUUGUGGGUGCAGCCCCUAGCCGGUCAACCGCAGCCAGAGCACUUGUUGACUGUGCCACAAGAUCAUGGAAGCUCAAAUACCCAACUUCUAAAACCGAUGAUUGUGCUGCUGUUUGCUUAUUUCUUCACCAAAAUCCCAAAACUGUCACAAAAAAAACAGAUGUUGAUGAAGCUGAAGCUGAAGCUGAAACUGUUGUUGAUUGUAGUGAGAUUGUGGUUGUUGAUAAUGAAAAGGUGGCUGAAAAGAGUGUUGUAGGAAGGUCGCAAAGGAGUUUGGCUGAAUGCAUAUCCACAUCUGAAGAUGAAGAAUGGUCAGCUCUUGAAGGUGUGACACGUGUCAAUAGUUUGCUCAGUAUUCCUAGAUUUUUGUCGAUUGAUAAAAGAUCGGCAAGUUGGAGGAAAUCUGGUUCCAAGAUUUGAAAUUUUAAUGCAAACAAUUGCACAUCGGUUUUCAAGAAUAAGAUUAAUGUAUAUUUCUCUUUUCG